AUGCCCCAUGUGCAGAAGCGUGUUGCAUAUCCCAGCAGCAGUCUGAAGGGGUAUAUAAAGCACUGCAUUUCUUCCAGGUUCACCAACGACUUCACUUCAUCUGAUUUUCUCUGUGAACCUGGUUUAUCUGCACCACAAAAGAUGUAUUCAGGAUCACAGCUAGUGAGCAGUGGAUGUUCUUCCCCCUGCGAGGUGACCUGCCCGCAGCCCUGCGCCGAAGCCUACAGCGAGCCCUGCGUCACCUCCUGCGGGGACUCCCGCGCCGUGGUGUACCCCCCACCCGUUGUUAUCCACUUCCCAGGCCCCAUCCUCAGCUCCUGCCCACAGGAGAGCUUCGUGGGCACCUCGUUCCCAAUAUCCAUUGGGAGGGGGUAUUCGGGGUCACUGGGCUCUGCUGAAUCAGGGGGCUCAUUUAAUGUUGGGGGUGCCUAUGGCGGAAGCAGCUCAUUUGGAAUGGGGGGCUCAUACGGAGGAGGCAGUUCCCUGGGGAUGGGGGGCUCGUACGGUGGAGGCAGUUCCCUGGGGAUGGGGGGCUCAUACGGAGGAGGCAGUUCCCUAGGAAUGGGGGGCUCAUACGGAGGUGGUAGGUCAUUUGGCUCUGGGGGUUCAUUCAGAGGCAGAAGAUCCUUCAGCUCCAGGACCUGCUACGGAGGGGGCAUGGGAGGCUCCUAUGGAGGAGGCAUUGGAAGCUCCUACGGAGGAGGCAGCUCCUACGGUGGGGGCUCCUAUGGAGGAGGACGUUCCUUUGGCACGGGAAGCUGUCAGGGUGCCGGCAGCUCCUCUGGUUACAGGAGGUCUGUCGUAGGAAGCUGUAGCUCUGGUAACUUCUGAAGAGGCAACGUCUCCUGCUCCAGCACCCCUGGCCCAUGCUGACCUCACAUGGAAAUGUUCUCUCUACUCUGUAUGACUGUCUUCACCCAACAUGUCUGUACUUCCCUGUCAUUAAAAUUGUAUUGCAUUCAAACUCA